GUGUAGAAGUGUUUGAGUGUUCAAUGAAAACACCUAUGUAUCCUUUAUUUGUGGUAAUCAAUGAAUUGCCUCCAAAGGAACGAUUCAAAAAGCAAAAUUUAAUUCUGGCUGCAUUAUGGAUUUCUAAUGGUGAACCGAACAUGCCACUUUUCUUUCAAAAUUUUUGUUUAGAAAUGAGGAAACUUCGUGAAGGAAUGUUCAUAGACAAUAUUUUAUACAAGAUUGUAGUUCUCCAGUGUUGUGUCGAUUCAGUUUGUCGAUGUAAAAUCCAAAACAUGAAACAAUUCAACGGCUAUUUCGGAUGUAGUUUAUGUCUUCAUCCAGGAGUAGCAAUCGGUAAACAAGUUCGCUAUCCAUACCGAAAAUGCCAAAAAAGGGAUCACAGUAGUACUAAACAACAUAUGAUGAUUGCACAGGAUACCGCCAAAGAACUGUUUGGUAUAAAGGGUUUAUCUGUCUUGUUAAGUCUACCGAACUUUGACAUUGUUCGCGGAUUUGGUGUUGAUUAUAUGCAUGCUUCGCUCCUAGGAGUGACCAAACAAAUGUGGAAUCAGAUUGUGACAUGUGACCUAGGAAUCAAUCGAAACGUAGUUGAGGAAAGACUAAUCAGCAUAAGAUUUCCUAGCGUUUUCCCACGACAUCCGCGAAAACUUAACGAGGUAGCAAAAUUUAAAGCUAGUGAAUGGGAGUGCAUCGCAUUAUACUGUUUUUACCCUUGUUUUUAUGGUUUAAUACCAAAAAUCAACAUGGAACAUUUCAUGAAGUUUUCAUCGAGUUUAUUUCAAUUGCUUGAAACAAACAUUUCAGUUGAAACUCUAAAAACAUGUGAAACAACGUUAGUGGAAUUUGCUCAAGAAUUUGCACAUCUUUAUGGCACUGAUCAAGAGGUUUACAAUGUUCAUUUACAAACGCAUUUAUCAGAUGUCGUUAGGAAUCUGGAAGGCUUGUGGAAUAGUUCACUUUUUCCCUAUGAGUCUGGAAAUGGAAUGUUAUUAGAUUUAAAAACAGGUCAUAACCAUCCUGUCAUUCAAGUAACUAAGAAAUAUUGUUUAAAACGUUUUUGUCAUUAUACACCAAUGCCUAUUAACUCACCGAUCAAGAAUUGGGUGUAUAAUCUAUGGGAGCCACGAAAACUUCCUCGUUUGCGAUAUGAUUCAAGAUUUAAGUUCGUUGCAGACAGAGAAAUACUAGAUAAAGAUAUUGUUGCUACUAAUUUUUCAUAUCACAGUAAGUUUUCCUUCAAAGGAAUCAGGUAUUGCACAAAAUUAACGUGUGAAAAAUUCAAAUAUGAUGAUUCUUUCAUAUUUUUAAACAAUUGUUUCUUUCAAAUACAGAAUAUUCUAACCGAUGAGUUUGAUAACAUAUACAUUGUAGGACAGGAACUGAAUUCAGAGCGUGUUUUUAAUAAUUUAUUUUUAUACGAGUUCAGCUCCUUAUGUCGAAUCAUCAAGAUAAACAAUACAAUAAGACAAUGUGUGAACAUGACAAUAAGGCAGGUAAACGAAAUACUAAAUUUCAUCUCUAUUUGUAAGUUUCGUACUCAAGUCGACUAAAAAGUACAAAUAACUACAGAUACUAGCAGCAUAUCAAUCAAUAAUUGUAAGAGACAUACGGAAAAAUUUAAAACUUUAGGGACUAGCAUAAAUCUCCAACGGUUUUUUAAGUUUCAGAUAAAAGAGUUUGUGAUAGUAAACCUACACUCGUAAUGAAAUAAAACAAAAUUAUUGUUUUUAUUUGUCGGUAAUAUUUUUUGGUAAGAAUAAAAACUAACAUAAUUAAAUUUGAAAGAUAACCCAUAAUUAGAACUCAGUUAUUUCUUUAUAUUUUCCGUUGAUAGCAACUAUCAAAUGUGUAGCAAAUUUGUAUGUUUACCAUUCCGAUUAUUGAUAACAAGUGGAUAUCAAAAUUUGUUACCUUCUACU